GUUCAUUGUUCCUUUCUCUUUCCUUGAACUAAAUACUCUUGACGCUUCCACCAAGCUAUGCGUGCCAAGUGGCGAAAGGAAUCCAUUUUAUGUCCAGCUUUUGCCUUUCCAGCACUGAGAACCACCCUCCGCCAACCAUCUUGCUGGCCAGCAGCCACUAAUCCCAUUCCGUGUAUCUUUAUCUGCAGAGCAUCACAACCGUCCAUCCAGCAAAUAAUCCCAAACCCAGCACUAAUACCAUGGCACUGGACAUAAAUUAGUAGAUUCGAGAGCACCGUGACGCUGCUAGCCUUCGCCAAUUCUUUCCUCCACAACUAAUUGACACCGCCAAAUAUUUACUAGUGGCCCUAAACCCUUCACUUAAUAAAACCCAGCCGAGAAUCGGAAAGGAAAGAAGAGCCAAAUUUAUUGCCCAAAUCCGCUGCUUGAAGGAGGAGCGAUGGGUUCACCUCUCCGAUCACUGCCGCCUCAGGAGAAAAGAGAGGAAGAACCGAUAGGCUCUCCUCCGCCAUCGACGAUCCGGCACGCGGAGAACCCGUUCCCGUUCCCGCUACCGCUUCCGGCGCCGCCGGAGAAGAGCCCCCUCGACGGAAUGAAAGAAGAAGCCAUGGAUUCCCCUCUCCGGAACCCGAUCCCGCCGGCGCCGCAGAACAGCCCGGAGUUGCUGCGGUCCCCGGGGCAGGUACUGAACGCGGCGGCGCUGGCGAUUGCAAACCGGCUCACCCGGGGCGAGCUGGCGGUUGCGACGAAGAUGGCAGCCGGUGGCGGAGGCGGAGCAGGCGGCGGGGCUGGGGGUGGGGAUCAUGGCUCGAAUGCUACUAGGGAUGCGGAGAGGGGGUUACGGGGUGUGCCGCUGUCCGUCCGGCGGGCAGCGGUGUGGAGGGCGGCGCUGGGGCUUAGGGUUUCAGCGAUGUUGCUGUGCCUCGUCUCGUUCUCGGUCAUGGCCGCCGAUAAGACCCAGGGUUGGGCGGGCGACUACUUCGACCGCUACGAGGAGUACCGGUACUGCCUGGCGGUGAACGUAAUUGCGUUCGUGUACUCGGCGUUUCAGGUGGUUAAGGAGGUUCACAAUUCGAUCACAAAAAAAUUAAUCAUGCGCCGUCGAGAGGGAUACUGCUUUGAUUUCUCUAUGGAUCAGAUACUGGCUUACCUUCUGAUCUCAGCAUCAUCAGCAGCAGCCUCUCGUAAUGAUGUUUGGGUGUCGAGAUUUGGUGGUGAUGACUUCACGCACAUGAUCAAUGCUUCGGUUGCAAUGUCGUUCCUUGCAUUCAUUGCCCUCGCCCUCAGCUCACUCAUCUCCGCCUAUAAUUUCUUCAGCUCGGUCUACUAAACUGCGGCACAGGGAACCAGUGCCUAGUAUGCUUGUAAAUUUGUAAUCGUAGCAUUACCACUGAAACUUAAUAAAACUUCAAUUUUUUUUUUCUGGAUUUUUAUUCCAGCCUUUUAUAAGUAUACAACUGAGGAACGGAUGUACCUUGGCUGGACUCCUGUAAAUUCCUGGUGACUAUGUAGAAAUGUGUAGAUAGCGAACUAGUGGCCGUAUGAACUUUGGGAAUGUUCUAUAAAAUGAUCAAUACAGCAAAUACUUGAAUGUGGUUGAUGUCA